GGUUGAGUAGCACUCGUUUGUCGCAGCUCCUGAAGUUUGAUAGGUUGCAGAUUUAGAAGCAUUAGCCAUGAGUGGCUGGUUUGCGUCUAAGAUUCGUUGGCCGUUUCCACGGAAAAGGGUCUCCCAAUAUAACCUGGGUCCCACCGUGCUGGCCACUAUGAUAAUGGGGAGUAGAAAGAUCGGGAUGAAGGUGUUCGACAAUAAAGAUCACUUUCUGGAGAUAAAGUCCUUAGAACAACAGGGACAAAUCACCAAGAGUGGACUACAGAAAGGAGACGAAUUAAUAAAGAUCAAUACGCAGAAUGUGGUGGGAUGGAGCGUCCUAGAUUUUAUGCAAUAUGAAAAUAACAUCAAGCUGGGAAAAAAAAUAAAGAUCUUAGUGUAUCGUGGUCGCCAAAAGGGUCCGGCUCCAGCCGCAGGCGCUUCAUCAGAGGAAGUGUUGGAAGGGGAUUCCGCAUCUUCUUCAGCGCCAGAGACAGAAUUUGCAUUAGUCCAUGAAUACUUCAUAGGACAGGCAGCACCGGAUCCUCAUAGUGACACGUCUGACAACACCCACCCAGAUUGUGACGCAGUCAUACCCCCACGUAAUGAUGAAGUCUCCCACUCAGAUAGUGACGCAGUCGUAUCCACAUGUAGUGAUGAAGUCUCCCACUCAGAUAGUGACGAAGGUUCCAACGCAGAUAGUGGUGUAAUCCCACCCAGAGCCAGGAGAGAUAAUCCGGACAAGGAAAUGAAUUUCGUCAGCAGGUUUGGCAAUUUUGUGGAAGAAGCCCUCCAAGAGUGGGAUGAAUGCACACAGGAUUGCUGCUGCGCGUUAGGAGUCUUUGGUCUGUUUUGCCUUUUGUAAAGGUGAAUGUGAUGGCUCCUGGCACCCCUGCCCGUCACUUACAUCUCCAAGACAGCUGCAGAGCCUCUUAAUGCCCAGAGGGAAGGGCAGUCCUUCCAGCCAUGGUUCCCCAGAGGUUUCCCCCACCGGGGGUUUUUCCUCUCCUGAGUGCUGAAGGAUGACUUAAAUUACCAUCAGUUCUAAAUAAAAGCUCUGAUCCCUUU